AGUACUGGCUCCUGCUUCUCUCGGGCCAAUAAGGGAGCAGGAGGGAGCUGUCCAGCGUACUCAUGAGCGCACUAGAAUACAGGGUUCCAGGCAGCCAGCAGGCAGUGGUCCAGAGGAGGGGUCCUUUUUCUGCUAGUGUCACGAGUGGGGGGGAGGGGACAGGACGGGUUUUUUCGGGUGUACUUAAUUAGCCCUCCGCCCAGGGCUCUAGCUCCUCCUCCUACUCCCCCCAGAGCCCGGGCUCGUGUCUGCCACUGCCAGUGCGCACAGCGCCUUCCCCCUCCUCUGGCUGCUAUCUCCUCCUCCUCCUCCUCCUCCUUCUCCUCCUAUUCCACCUCCUCCUCCUUCUCCCACCGCCACCACUACCACCACCACUGCCACCUCCCGCUGCCGCCGCUGCCGUCGCCGCCUCUGCCGCCGCCACUGUGGCUGCUGCUCCUCUGUCCUCCUUCUUCUACCAACCCACUCUGAAUCAGCUCCCUUUGCACGACUGCUACUGCUGCAGUCUCUGCCUUUCUCUCUUUCUCUCUCUCCUUAGCGCUCCAAGUUUCCCAUCUCCAGCCUCCUUCUUUCAGGAUCAGGGCAAAGGGAGGAAACAUCAGGUCCUGUUGGCUGCUUCAGAACAGUUAUGAAGAGAAAACUGUCAGACUUCACUAUGCAGUUGGUCCUUCUUGUUUUCUUGGUGUGGGCACCAGCAAGGUUGGUGCUGGCUGACCCUCAAGAAGAUGAAGCUAAGAAUAACAUUACCAUCUUUACAAGAAUUCUAGACAGACUUCUUGAUGGUUAUGAUAAUCGCCUUAGACCAGGAUUGGGAGACAGCAUUACUGAAGUCUUCACUAAUAUCUACGUGACCAGUUUUGGCCCUGUCUCAGACACAGAUAUGGAAUACACAAUAGACGUUUUCUUCCGUCAAAAAUGGAAAGAUGAAAGAUUGAAAUUUAAAGGUCCCAUGAAUAUCCUCCGACUGAAUAACCUAAUGGCCAGCAAAAUCUGGACUCCAGACACUUUCUUUCACAAUGGAAAGAAGUCUGUGGCUCAUAAUAUGACGAUGCCAAACAAACUUCUUCGUAUCCAAGAUGAUGGCACUUUGCUGUACACAAUGAGGCUUACAGUGCAAGCUGAAUGUCCAAUGCAUCUGGAAGAUUUUCCAAUGGAUGCUCAUUCAUGUCCUCUGAAAUUUGGCAGCUAUGCAUAUACAACCUCAGAAGUCACCUAUAUUUGGACUUAUAAUGCAUCUGAUUCAGUGCAGGUUGCUCCAGAUGGAUCCAGAUUAAAUCAGUAUGAUCUUCUAGGCCAAACAAUUGGAAAAGAGACAAUUAAAUCUAGUACAGGUGAAUACACAGUUAUGACAGCCCAUUUCCAUUUGAAAAGAAAAAUUGGCUAUUUUGUCAUUCAAACCUAUCUCCCUUGCAUCAUGACAGUCAUUCUCUCCCAAGUAUCCUUCUGGCUGAAUCGAGAAUCAGUGCCUGCAAGAACUGUCUUUGGAGUGACAACUGUCCUGACCAUGACAACACUGAGCAUAAGUGCUCGAAAUUCUCUCCCCAAAGUAGCUUAUGCAACAGCUAUGGACUGGUUCAUUGCUGUUUGCUAUGCAUUUGUUUUUUCGGCCUUGAUUGAAUUUGCUACCGUCAAUUACUUCACCAAAAGAGGUUGGGCAUGGGAUGGAAAGAGUGUGGUCAAUGACAAGAAAAAAGAGAAGGCAUCUGUCAUGAAGAAGAACAAUGCUUAUGCUGUGGCUGUGGCCAAUUAUGCUCCAAAUAUUACCAAGGACCCUGUUCUUUCCACCAUCUCCAAGAGUGCUACUACAGCAGAAACCAACAAGAAACCAGAAGGAAAACCAGCAGAAGCAAAGAAAACAUUCAACAGUGUUAGCAAGAUUGACAGAAUGUCUAGAAUAGUUUUCCCAGUCUUAUUUGGUACUUUUAAUUUAGUGUACUGGGCAACAUAUUUAAAUAGGGAGCCUGUGCUUUUAGGGUUUGCUCCAUCAACCUAAAUGUAAAACUCCCAUUUGGUAUCGUUCCUGCAAAAUGAAAAUCUGCUAGGUUGUUUUGCUAUGUACAGUCCGACUAAUAACUGCUAAUUUGUGAACCAAUAUGUACAGAUUGUAUAUAGAAAUCUCUCUUAUCAGUAAGUCUCCAAAGGAGGCCCACAUUUGCUAAUUCAUGGGAUCUGUAAGCAGAUAGCACCCAUGCCAACUGAGCCAUUGCUUUUACAAAGGUGUACCGAGGGAAGUUGGUUUGAAGUCAAUUUCAGGUAUGCUGAAUAUGACCUCUAUUUAUUGUAGAAAUGAAAAUGGGAGUCCUAUACAACACUUCUGGAACACUUUUGUUUUAGUUAGAUGUUAGGAUUUUUCUCUACUCAUGUCUAAUUUUACAAUAAUGGAUUAUAAAACCUUUUUUUUUUUUAUAGCAGAGUUUGUUCUCUGCAAACUUAACACUUUCCCUGAGUGCUCAGAAUCCCUGCUGAUGUAUUUGGGAGUUUGGUGCACAUAGGAAGAAUGCUAGGAAGCAAGAUUCAGCCUCUAAUUAUUCUGUACAGUUUGUUUAUCCAUGUACAUAUUGCAGUAUGAUGAACUCAAACUUUAGAUGAUUCAUAAUCUGACAGGAUGUUAAUUAUCCUUAGCAUUAAAUAAUUGUUGGAAUGACAAGAGUCAUUAUUUUCUUACCUUUUAAACCUUAUUGGAAAGUUGUCAAUGAAGCAGUCAUCGAAAUCUUGCAAAUUAUUUUUGUCAGCCCCAUGCAAUUUAAGAUCUUAGUGUCUCCAUUUCACAAAAGAAAGUGUCUUACCCUUUCAAGUGUGUAUUGUUUUGAGAUUGAUCAUCCAAAUUGCCUUGGUUUGGAGACAGGAAAAAUUCAUUUCAAACUGAAGGCUGUUGAACAAUGCUGACAUUCCCACUCCUCAGAAAUUGAUCAGAGCAUUUGUGUCAUGGGAAAAAUAUAUAUAUACAUAUAUGCACAUAUAUGUAUAUAUAUGUAAACUGUAAGAUAUGCUUUGUUCCUGUUUACUAAUACAGAUAUUUCUGCCUUAAGGUUUCUCUCUUCACCAUUUUGAGGAAGCCAUUAAUUCAAAUGGAAGAGGCAGUUAAAGUGACACUUUUUCUCUGUCCUAAAAGCAGCUCUCUCAGAUAAGAUUUAAUGUAAAUCUGCUUUUGUAAAUUGCAACUUUACAUUUUGCUGACAUAACUUUACAAUGGCUUUGUAUACCAGUCAAGGUUUUGGUAAGAGUUGAACAUUUUUUUACUUAAACUUUAAAGCAUUACUGGCAAUUAAUGACUAUUUCACACACACAUACACACAACACACAAGUAGCAAGAUUAGAAGCCGUUUUCAAUUUUAUAUCAAUGUUGAAUAAGAAUGAUAAUUUUUUUUUCUUUGAAUGUUUUGAAAAUCGUUUACGCCCUGAGACAGCUUUUAAAGAAAAAAAAAAAAAAAAACAAUGAUUGUGUAUGACCCCCUUGCUUCCAGACUUCUGGAUGAUCUAAAAGUCCUUCUGAUUCACACAUAUAUUAGCAGUUAUUAGUUGACCUUUACCAAGAGAUCACCUUUACGAUGAUAUCUUUGUAGAAAUGUGUAGUUGUACAGUGUCAUUUCUUGCAGUUUUGUAUAGUAUUUGAGUCUAGUGCAUAAAAUAGGUGUGUUCAAAAUUCAAUAAAAGAAAUAUCUUCUGAUGUGGAAAAAAAAGCAAAAAAAAACAAACAAACAAACAAUGUUGCUUUCAUUUGCCUUUUUUACUUUAUUUCUUCUAGUAUUUUCUUUUUAAAAAUGUUAUUCUCUUCUGUGCUCUGUAUGACUAUAUUGAAAUCAAGGUCAUAAAUUCAUUUUAAUAAUAGAAUUCAUGGUGAAGCAGACUUAAUAGUCAAUAGUCCCACUGGUCACAAUAUAAUCGAUAUGACAGUAAAGAAACCAAAGGAUCAUAUAUGAUUAUCUAAUCCCCUUCUAAUGAUGCCUUCUUUAUAUAUAUAAAAAAAAGAACUUUUAAACAUGCACUUUAUUCAAACAUUUAAGUAAAAAGGAACAUUUUCAUACAUAUAUGUGUAUACAUUGCAGAUCUCCCAUGUAAUUCAGAUAUGUUUUUCAAUGAUAUGAUAAAGUAUGUAAGGUUUGAAGGCAAACAAUAAAAAGGGGUGUUUUGUUUUUUCAUCAUAUAUAUAUAUAUCAUACGUUUAAAAUGUUUCUGUUUGUAAAUUCUAAGGUAUGUCCUUAACGUCAAACUUACCCAGGUAUAAAUUAUAAAUUUAUAAAUAUGUAUUUAUGUAAAAAAGCUUGUAAAUAAUUGAUUCUUUAAAUCAACCACCACCACACACACUCUCUCUGCUUUUGGCAAAGGGCUGUCCUUGCAUGAUUUAUUGCUGGCAUCAGUCCUAUGUGUAAGUUGGAGCAGAUUCCUUAGAAUCAUUAUUUUCUGUGGUCUCAAUGAUUGAAGAUCUUCUGUCCUAAUUAUAUGUUCACAUAAUUUAUUUCAGAAUGCUCUGUUACUGCUCUGACUUUGUUGCAUGUGUUUCUGUGCAUAUCCCUAAAUAGAAUCCUUUAGGAGUCUGAAUAGAUGUGGAGGAAUGAAGCAAUUUUGUUGGGUAGAAGUAGAAAACUCCAUGGAGAACAAGGAUCACAAAUUAUAAAGGCAUGAGCCUGAACAUUUUGCUCAAUCAAUAGAAAAAUAACUCAAAAUAGAUACUAAUGAAAUCAAUAGUUUACUCCAAGGUAAAAAGAAAAACAAAACAAAAUUUGUAGGAAAUUAAGUUAAAGACCCUAAGCAUCUCGCUUGGCAUAAUACCAGUUUCAUGUAUGUGUAUAUGUGAGAUUUGAAGAUAUGAACGCAAGAGAUGAAGAUAUAUAUAAUUAUAUUAUCUGGCAGGCUUUGAAAUUAAUUCAUAAAAUUUACAUUAAAGUUAACAGAAAUUAAUAUGCAUCUCAUCCCUUUAGAUAAGAUGCUAAAAUAAAAUGAUCAAUGAAAUAUGCAAAACUAGCUUAAUACUGGAGACAGUUUUAUAUUUUUAUGCUCUCUAUUUCAUAUUGAUUUAAACAUAAAAUGACAAGGAACAUAAAUUCAUUCAUAAAUACAUUAAAAUCAGUAAUUUUGAAUUGUCAGUCUUAAUAACUUUUUCAAGGGAACUUAAGAUCAUACUCCUCUUCAAUUUCUCUGUAUUUCUAGCAUGUCUCAGGAUCACACUAACAAGCAUCUUGAAUUAUCUCUUCAGCUUUAUAAAAAUAUCAAAAUUCCCAUAAAAAUCCAUUGCUCAUAUGGUUAAACAUCAUUAGGUCUUAUAUUUAUUAUGUGUAAUUUGGAAAGCUUCAAAAGCCACGAGAGAAUUCACAAUCUACAUUUGAAUUUAAUGUGUUAUGGAGAAGGGGUAAAGACUAGGUUUUUUUAUUCUAUGAAUUAUUGCCAUAUAUAAUACAAGAUGAUAAUAAUUGGCUCCCUUGACAUGACUUUACUAUUUUCAAAGAAGAAGGGGAAAAGAGGAGAGAGAAUGAAAAUAAAUAUGCUAGCUUUCUGCAUAUUACCAAUUUCCUUAAGUUUCUUCAUUCAUUUACUCAUACAUUCAUCUCACAUUUAUAGAGUACCCAAUAGGAGUAAGGAAUCAUAUAGGAAAAGAGCCACCAGGAAGCUCUAUUGUCUUUGUACUCAAUGGCUUUUUUCCCCAAAUGGAAAAGCACUUUGACAAUGUCAGUUACACAUGACUGAAUUACCAUAGUUAAUUUGGAAUAGUCAACUUUCUUAACAUCCAUAUUAACAAGUAUUUACAAUGACCACUAGAGUUACUAAAAAAAUAAAGUAUAUAAAAUAAGGUAAUUUAUUUUGUUUCCAGUAAUUUAACUAGCAUUUAAUAUACCACAAAUCUGUUUUUGUGACUCUUCUGCUUGAUUUGUCUGAGUAGAAAGGUGAAUAAUUUUAGGGAAUAAUCAACUAGCCUAAUACUAUCCAGUUCUGACCUUGAUUUUCUAUUAAGUGAGCGCCUUUCACUUAGGAUCUAUUUUGAACCAGGGUAUUAAACCCAAAGGCACAGAAUUCAGACCCUUUAAGACACUCUUUCUGGCUUAGAAUUUGUAGUGACAGUACACAUCCCCAGAUAUGCUAUUUCAUGCUUUGCUUUAAAUUAUGAUGUAACAUUUAUUUAUCUCAUUUGGUUUGGGUUUAAUACUUUGUUAAAAAAUGAAAAAGCUUUUCAGAGAAUUUUAUUUUUUUAAGAAGGAAUUCCUAUUUUGUGUAAAAUAGAAAUACAUUUAUUUAAAUAUAGACCAUAUAAUAAUAAAUGAUCUAAUGUCAAUACAUAAUCAAAAUUGGAAAGAAAAAAAGUUAUUUCAUAUGCUUUUCCUUAUAAUACUUCUCUUCUUAAAGAAUUAUUAGCUAAUAUUCUAAAGUUUGAAUCCAUAUAUUAACAUAUGAAGAUCCUAGAAAAUAAGUGGAUAACAUGAGCCAUUAGAAAUUCAUAUGAAAUUGUGAAACCAAAAAUGUUACUUUAAACAAGGAUCUAAUUCACAUGAUGGUUUUAGUUCAACAAAUAAUUAGCUUUGGAAAUGAUAUAACUUUAGAAAGAGAAACAAUGAAUGAAAAUAUCCAUCGUUAUUGUCUUCAAUAGACUCUAGAAAGCCUUAGGGAAUUAGUCAUAAUACCCAAAUCCAUCAUAUCCAACUGGAAUAUGUUUUUUCCUCAUACAUUUAAAUUUCUAAUUACAAUAAGUCAACAGGAUAACAUAAUUGCCUCCUAAAGAAUGCCAGAGAUCAUUUUGAAAAAUAUUCCCUUAUGAAAUUCUUAAAAGUGUGUAGAAACUGAGUAUCCAACUCAUUGUCAAAUGCUCAUGGAAAGGCUAAUAUAAUUGCUUGGUUUGAGAUCCAAUAGGGUUUUUCUCCUCAUCGAGUUGUAUUUAUGGUUGUCAAUCAGGAAUUUCUAUUUAAUGCAUGCCUAAAGCCACCUAGUAUCUAGUUUACGCAAACUGAGGAAAUUGCUGAGUUUUCACUAGCUCUCAUAUUAAUAUAUUUUAAAUAUUGCAACUUAAUAUUAACACAGCUAUCUGCAACCUCAGAGUAUCUAAAAAGACAACAUUGUUCUCCUGUGAAACAAAGUCUACUUCUUGGAACAUAGAAAUGAAAAAAAAAAAAAAAAAGAAUCCCAUUUAAGUGGAAGUUUUGCAUAGGUUAUGGUUUUUGUUUCUCAUUCUGUGUUGCCAUUUAAUUUUGUCAUUUCCAAGUUGGUAACAACAUUCAGGAGGUUAUUUUAAAUAUAAACUUUAUUAACUAUUUCACAUUUAAGUUGUUUUUCAUUCAGACACAAAGUUGUCAACAAUUUAUUUGUUAUACUUCCUCUAUGUUUACUUAUCAUGUUCAAAAGACAAUCGUGAAUUGAAUCUGAGGCCCCAGAUGAAUUCCAGUACUGUACUUUUACAUUUAUAAGAGACUUAAGGAAGAAAAGCAAAAGAAUUGUACUGCCAUUAUUGGUGUGAAGAACCCCCACUCUCACUCUCUUUGGUUCAUUUCUUGAGUUCAACUUGAUAUUUCAACCUCUUAUCUCUCUCAGUAAAAAGGAUUUUUGUGAAAUCUAAUUUUCUGGUUUAGCUCUACUAUGGCAUACUGGGCAGAGGGGUAAUGAAGACUAGUGUUCAGAUCCUAUCUCUAACAAAUACUAUCCUUUUGGUCACCAGGUUCUUAGCAACUACCAUUUGUAUUUGUGAUCCUAAGAUGCACAGUAGAUGAAUUACUGAUCUGCAUUAGUGAAGGGAGUUUCUACACUUGAAGUUCCCCAGACAGAUGACAGGACACAUUCUUACUAACCUCUCACUGCUCCAAUGAAAAUGAUGUAUUAAUAAUAAUUCUGCUCCUAUGGAAAAAAAAAUUAAGCAUUGAUCCCACUAGAAAGCAAAGUUUGCAAAAACAUCUUGUUCUUUUUCUAAAGGAAAUAAAUAACUCUUUAAGAGUUUGUGAAACAGAUCUCUUUGGGGUGUAGAACUGCAUUACUUUGGUUAUUUUCUGUAGCAUCUAUCAUAAGGACUGUGAUAUAAUAGGUGCUUAUUAUCUUUGACUGGUUUGGGCCAAUAGUUUUGUGGGGAUAAACUAAGAUUAAAACUCCUCAAUGAAACUGAAGGUUUGUGGCAAAGUGAAGCCCAAAGGUAAUAGCAUGAGCUUGAAAUCUUGCAGCCAAAUGCUUGAUCGCUGGGAAUUAUGGCUGCCUAUGUCUCAACUUACAUUGAGAUUUAAUUGACUUUAUUAAGAUAGGAAAAUUGGUUGGACCUUCCUUUUAACAAUGUUGGGAAUAAAUACAAUUUAGUUUGAGAAGAAUCUCAGGUAAGCAGUCCUAGUCUCCUUUGAAUGUGACAACUUUAUUGUCUAUUGGGGGUGUCGAUAAACAUCUUUAGAAAAUGCUUUGAUGAGUCACUUAAUUAACAGGGAAAGGGGAAGAAAAGAGAAAGCAGAGGGACUUAUAUUUCUUCUCACCAAUUAACAGCAAAGGCCACAUGAAGAGUCAUUGCAUGAAACGUGCACAUACACUGACCUUUGAAUAGUGACAUUGCACAGAAACUUCCGGGUGCUUCUCUGGUAAGUUUCAUAGCUAUUAGGAUAUAACUAAGGGGUUAUAGUAUUCUUUCAUUUGUGACCUUGUUUUCAUUGGAAAAUUUAUAGCCUUUUUUUUAAGUGUACGAAAAUUAAGUUAAACUUUGUUUGAAUGUGCCGCUUUUUGCUUGCUGUUGACAAAUAAUUAUUGAUUACCUGCACAUAUCGCUUAACAUUAUCUUUUUGUACUUCUUAUUAAAAAUUAAUUUCAAUA